AUGACCUGGGUGAGUGAGUUCGUCCUAAUGGGUCUCUCCAGUGACAGGCAGACCCAGGCUGGACUCUUUGUCCUGUUCGGGGCCACCUACCUACUGACCCUGCUGGGCAAUGGGCUCAUCCUCCUCCUGAUCGGGCUGGACACACGACUCCACCUGCCCAUGUACUUCUUCCUCUGCCACCUCUCCUUCGUGGACAUCUGCUACACCUCCAGUGGGGUCCCCCAGAUGCUGGUGCACUUCCUCCUCGAGAAGAAGACCAUCUCCCUUGCCCAAUGUGGAACCCAGCACUUCUUCUCCCUGGCCCUUGGGGGGACUGAGUUCCUGCUGCUGGCUGCCAUGGCCUAUGACCGCUAUGUGGCCGUCUGCGACCCCCUGCAUUACACGUCCGUGAUGAGCCCAAGGCUCUGUGCAGCAUUGGCAGCUGUCUCUUGGCUUGUAGGCCUGGCUAAUUCCGCCGUGCAGACAGCAAUCACCAUGCGCCUGCCCACCUGUGGGCACAACGUGCUGAACCACGUGGCCUGUGAGACACUGGCACUGGUCAGAUUGGCCUGCGUGGACGUCACUCUCAACCAGAUGGUCAUAGUGGCCUCCAGCGUGGUGGUGCUGCUGGUGCCCUGCUGCCUGGUCUCACUGUCCUACACCCACAUUGUGGCCGCCAUCCUGCGCAUCCGCUCCACCCAGGGACGCCGCAAAGCCUUCGGGACCUGUGCCUCCCACCUCACCGUGGUCUCCAUGUCCUACGGGAUGGCCCUCUUUACACACAUACAGCCCCGCACCACAGACUCAGCUGAGCAGGACAAAGUGGUGGUGGUCUUUUAUGCUGUGGUGACCCCUAUGUUGAACCCUCUCAUCUACAGUCUGCGCAACAAGGAUGUGAAGGCUGCUCUGAGUCGAGUUCUGAUGAGGACUUCUGAAUUAAAACAUUAG